GGGCGGCCCUCUCCCGCUGGGGGCGUGGAACUCGACCUCCUGCCCAACGACACCUCUGCGCUAGGAGCUUCCUCUUGAUGCUGGGAAUGCUGGUGGGUUUCCUGGGGGUGCUCCUCACUGGCACUGAGGCGGCCUUGGGCACUUUCCCCUCCAAGCUGCAGGUUGGGGAGCAGGAAGGAAGCGUGGAGCUGGAGUGCAACACCACCUUGGCGGGGAACGUGAGCUGGAAGGGAAGCCCUCCUCAGGCGGAGCUGGAGCGGCUGGGGGCCCACCGCCUCCGGGUCCUGAAGCUGCGCGCCCCAGACGCCGGGAACUACUCCUGCUGGGAUGGGCCCCGCUUGCUGGACAGCACCUUCCUGGCCGUGCGGGGCCGCCCCUCCCAACUCUUCCAUCCAGGAGUGACCUGCCAGGCGGAGUCGUGUGACGGCAGCUUCACCUGCGCGUGGGACACCCUGCGCCCAGCGGCCUUCCGCGUCCGUGUCUGCCGCCGAGGGCAGCAGCAGGACCCGAGGGACUGCCCCGCCAGAGAGGUGACCACGGCCUCCAAAGGCCGGGUCAGCAUCCUGCUCCAAGACGGCUCCUUCUGCUGCUUCGCUGAGGAGCCAGAGGCCCCCCUGGAGCUGCGGCUGGAGGCUGUGAGUGAAGACGGCAGCUACGAGGACCUGGCGCUGGAGCUCUUCUUGAGAGACAUAGUGAAGCCCGCAUCCCCCCACCGCCUGGCUGCCCGCAGAGAGCGGGGGGAGAAGCUGCUCCUGAGCUGGGCCCCUCCGGCUUCCUGGGCUCGGCCCUCCCUGCGCUACCACCUGCAGCUGACAACUUUCACGGAGAAGGUGGAGGAUCUCUACAGCGUAGGAGAAGCUCCAGGAAUCCAUCCAGGGCAAGAAGCCUUUACAACUCGUGCAGAUCCGCUGCCAGGACCCUUCCCUCAACUCGGCCUGGAGCUCCUGGGCUGUCUGGGGCAGCCUGCCGUGAGGCUGGCUCUGGGGCCACGCCGGGAGCCCCCCCCCCCGCCCAGCCCCUCUCCCGUCUCCUCCUCCUCCUCCUCCUCCUCGCCCUUCUCAGGAGUGGAUUCUGCUGCCCUUGCCUCUCCCUGGGCUCUGCCCUCAGUAGAAAGAGGCUCGGAUUCCCAUUUAGGAGAUGAUCUCUGGAAGAGUGGGGGAGCCUUGCCCCUCUUGCGUCAGCCUCAAAGAGGGGCCCAGUCCAGUCCUGAGUUGCCAGCAACCAGGCACCCCAUCCCAGCUGCUUCUGGGGUCCAGAAGGGGAGACACUGUGGAGACUGAUGCUCUCUCAGCCAAGGAUCUGCCAACUGCUGGCCUGUUUUGGACUUCUCUUUGGAAUUCCUCUGUGCCUCUCCUUGCCCCCAAUUUCCCCCCAUUCCUUAUUCUGUGUACAACCCUUAUUUAUUUCGUAAUAAACUUCAUAUAAUUAGAAGUG